UGCACUUGUAUGGGGUUGGGAAGAUAUUCUCAUCAUGAGGUGUACGGGGAGUUGAAUUAUGGAGAAGGAUUCAUUGCAGACAUUGAAGAAGAAUUAAAGGAAUUGGAUUCCAUAGUUAAACGACUGCAUGUUGAAUUAAUAAGAGGACCAAGUGAAAUUUUAAGUGCAGCGAAUUCGUGCAAGAAAUAUUACGAACUUGCCAAAUUUGCUGCAGAGGAGUGCAUUCAAAUCCGUGAAAAGAUUAAGGUAACCAUUAAUAAGAAGAUUUCUGUAACGGAAAAUGUAGUCAGACAUGAAAUGAGAGUUAAACAUCUGUUGGAAAGUGCAAACAUUACUAUACAAGAAGCCCAAGAUGCCGCUGCAAAAGCCAAAGAAGCAUUUGAAAACAUUACGAAGCUGCACGAAGAGUAUUGGGAGACCGCGGAUGAGUUGUAUGAAGACGCACGUGUGUUAUAUAAUACUGCAGAGGAGUAUUUAAGUGAAGUGAGGCAAUCUGGAAGUGGUAUGGUACUCGUAAAGGAAAAAGUGGUUAAACGCGCUGAGGAGAUAAUUGUUGAGUAUACUGAGAUUGUUAAUCUUAUUCUUUCUUUUAUGAAUUCCGUUUACAAUACUGAGGAUCUCGCAGAGAGAACCAAAAAAGAGGCGGUGGCAACGGAGGAAGUAGCGAAGAAACUUCAAAAAUACAUUCUAAGUGAUCCUUCUGCGAAGAAAAUACAGAAAACAGUGGAGCAGGAAAAAGAGAAGGAACAGAUGGAUGAAGAGAAAAAGAAUGAGACUAAAAGGGUAAAAAACAAGAAAAUGCGAAAAGGAUAA